AUGAAUCAAAGUUUUAAUAAUAAUAAUAAUAAUAAUAAUAAUAAUAAUAAUAAUAAUAAUAAUAAUAAUAAUAAUAAUAAUAAUAAUAAUAAUAGAAAUAAUUAUAAUAAUAAUAAUAAUUUUAAUAAUAGUAAUAAUAACUAUUUUAAUAAUGAUAAUGAUAAUGAUAAUUCAUUAAAUAAUAAUUAUAAUAUUCUAAAUAAUAAUAAUAAUAAUAAUAAUAAUAAUAAUAAUAAUAAUAAUAAUAAUAAUAAUAAUAAUAAUAAUAAUAAUAUUAAUAAUAAUAAUAAUAAUAAUAAUAAUAAUAAUAAUAAUAAUAAUAAUAAUAAUAAUAAUAAUAAUAAUAAUUUUCCAAAUUAUUUUUCAUAUGGAGAUGAAGAAGAAGGUGAACAUUGUAUUUGUUUAAAUAGAUGUUCCGAUAAUGAAGCAUAUGUUAAAUUAUUAAGAGAAAAAAGAAGAGGAUUAAAUCCAAAGUUUAAAAAUGUUGUUAUUCCUGUUAAAGGGGAAAGAGUAUCAAUUGAAAAUUAUAGAGAUGGUGAAUUACAUUUCGUUGAUCGAACAGCAGGACAAAAAAAGAGUAAGCUUAGAAAAGGACCAAAUUCAAAGUCUUGGAAACAAAAUGGUAGUGAAACUAAAAUUUUGGAUAGUUUAAAUAAAACCACAAUUGGAAUUAAAAGAACUUUAACUCUUCAAGAUAAAGAAAAGAAUAAAAAGCUUUGGGAAUUUAGUUUAUUUGAAAAUGGUGAAGAGAAUCAAGAAUUAUUAUUUAGACAUUUUUUAACUGACCUUCCUGGUAAACAAAAAAGAGAGCAAAUUCCAGAUUUAAAUGGUGAUAAAGUUUUUAUUUCUACUUUCUUCCCUGACGGUGUGAAACCAGUUUUUGACUACCCACAACAAACUCCACUAUCUCCAAAUAUUAAUUCAAAUAAUAAUAAUAAUAAUAUUAACAAUAAUAAUAAUAAUAAUAAUAAUAAUAAUAAUAAUAAUAAUAACAAUAAUAAUAACAAUGGCAAUAGUAACAAUAAUAAUAGUAAUAAUAAUAAUAGUAGUUAUAAUAAUAAUAAUUACAACAACAACAACAACAACAAUAAUAAUAAUAAUAAUAAUAAUAAUAAUAAUAAUAAUAGUGGUUAUAAUUCUCAAUUCUAUAAUAGUAAUAGCACAACACCUAGAAAUCAAACCCCACCACCUUCUAAUUACCAAACUUCUUUUAAUCAAUAUAAUAACAAUAAUAAUAGUAAUAGUAAUAGUAAUAAUAAUCAUUUCCCGAAUUUUUCGAGUAAUAAUAGUCCAAGUGGUAGUUUAUCUAAUCAAAUGAAUCAUUUAAACUUUAGAUAUAGUGGAAAUGGUUCUAAUAAUAGUAGUUGCUCCAAUAGUCCAAGUAAUAAUGGUAGCUUUAGCCAAUCUCCAAUUAAUUCACCACAUUACAAUAGUCAUCAACAAAAUCAACAAAACCACCAUAACAACCAUGGCAACCAUAAUAAUCAAAACCAUAAUCAACAAGGAUACUAUUUCGAUGCCUAUCCAAUUAAUAAUAGUAAUAAUAAUAAUAAUAAUAAUAAUAGUAAUUACAAUAAUAAUAGUCAUUAUAAUAAUAAUAAUAACAGUCAUUAUAAUAAUAGUAAUAAUAAUAGUAAUAAUGGCAACAAUAGCCAUAGUAAUAAUAGUAGCUAUUUACAACAAUCAAACAACCAAUAUAAAAAUUAUAAUAACAAUAAUAGCAACAACAACAAUAAUAAUAAUAAUAAUAAUAAUUAUGGUUUCACAUAUCAAUACUCGAAAGGAAGUGGGGGACAUAGUCCACCGCAUAACUAUAGCCCCCAACAACGCUCAACCCAACCAAUCUCUGUUCCUUUUAGCCAACAACAACAACAACAAUCAUAUAACUCUCAAAAUAAUUUACACGGUAAUGGAGAACUAUCUUCUCCAGAUAGAUCUAUUAUAUAUAAUAAUAAUAACCCUAAUAACAAUAAUAAUAAUAAUAAUAAUAAUAAUUUUAGAUCAAAUUUUAAUAAUUCUCCAAAUCAACAAAUUUACAAUCAAUUACCGCAACCAAAUUCGCCAAAUAGUGGCUUUAAUACUAACAACAACAACAACAACAACAACAACAACAACAACAACAACAACAACAAUGUAAAUAAUAACAACAAUGUAAAUAAUCAAUCACCUGUAGAUAAUAAAAUUAGAUCACUUCCACCAAUUCCAAAUUUGGUGGCACAAAAAAGAAAAAGUACAGAAGAUUUAUUUCACUCUACCAUUCCAAACAUUAAUAGUCUUGGUAACCCAUUAGCAAAUACUUUAAAUGCUUUACCAAUUGGCAAUGAUGAUAAUAAUAACAAUAAUAACGACAGUGAAAAAGGUAGAAAAAAGAGAAGGGAUUCUGAUUCUCCCUAA